AUGUCUGAGACUGAAGUAAAUCCAACUAUCAGCAAGUCAACUGGGUUGCCUCGAAAGCGCUUCUAUCGAGCACGAGCACACAGUAAUCCACUGAGUGACUCUCACUUCCCCGUGCCAAUAUCACCCAGCCAUGUUGACUAUUCCUUCCAUUACCCUCAGCUCUUUCCCUCGUCUGGUCAAGCUGAUAGUUCCAAAAGGAUUCAGUUUGCUGAUGUUGGUUGUGGUUUUGGAGGGCUGCUCAUAAGCCUUUCCACUCUGUUCCCAGAAACGUUGAUGAUUGGAAUGGAACUUAGGGAUAAAGUUACUGAGUAUGUCAAGGAACGAAUUUCAUCUUUAAGGGUAGCAAAUCCAGGUCAAUACCAAAACGUGUCUGUGGUGCGAACGAACUCCAUGAAGUACAUUCCCAAUUAUUUUGGGAAAGGACAGCUCUCAAAGAUGUUUUUCUUGUUUCCUGAUCCUCAUUUCAAAGAGAAGAAUCAUCGCCGCCGGGUUAUCAGUCCAUUCUUGCUAGAUGAGUAUGCUUAUGUUCUUGAGGUUGGUGGCAUUAUUUAUACAAUAACGGAUGUAGAAGAGCUUGGAGACUGGAUGAAGUCUUGUCUGGAGAAUCAUCCUAUGUUCGAAGCCCUUACUAGGAAGGAACUUGUGGCAGAUCCAGUUGUAGAGCUUUUAAGUUCUGCAACUGAAGAAGGCCAAAAGGUUGCUAGGAAUGGGGGACAAACUUUCCAGGCCGUAUUCAGACGCAUUGUGCCAUCCGAUCAACCAUCCUAG